AUGAGCAAGCCAGAACGCCAUGUUGACGCCUCGGAAGCGAAAAAAGCUGCAAGUUUGUUUUUGGGACGGGGUUUUCAUGGUUGUCCAGCUUCAGUGAACUUCUAUUUUACCAGCUGGGGAACGAUUCUCAAGCUGCCGAGGACUUCAAAGCCAAUAUCAGAUAAUAGACCGUUUACUCAUAAGAGUACUCAGGUGUUUUUUGAAGAUACUGAAAGCGGACGGACGGUACCAAGCUUCAGCUGCCACGAGGACUUGAUCUCAUCAUUUCGCCAACCCAUGGGCCCAUGGUUGGGGUUUGCUUCAGCAGCUGCACAGGCCGUGACGCCCCUGAAAGUUCCAUUUGGUAAGGAAGAUCUUGAUCCAGAUCGAGAAGGACCAUGUUUCCCACAACCACCUUGUUCGUCAACGAGGCUCUGCACGGAUUGA